GAGCAGAUAAAAACCAUGGCACUUAGCUUACAAGCCCAUCUUCCUUUAAGGGCCGGGAAGAGAGAUUUCUUCCCCUUUGAUCACUAUUUACCUCCACCACAUGAGCCUGAAGAAGCAAAACAACACUUUAUUUUGCAAAAUUAUUCGAGGACGUUGAUAGCUACGAGCUCAGGGUCAUUUACCGCAAAACAAGGCGUAGAUUUCUUCACGGCCAAACUAAACCACAGGCCGUGCCCUCCUCAGCCGCCCGUCCCUCAGAGCUCUGGGAGCGGGAAGCUCCAGAUCCCGCCCGUCCCUCAGAGUUCUGGGGGCGGGAAAACUCCUGGUUCCGCCCGUCCCUCAGAACCCGGGGGGCAGCAAAGCUCCAGAUUCCGCCCCUCCCUCAGAACCCUGGAGGCGGGAAAAGCUCCCGAUCCCUCCCGUUCCUCAGAGUCCUGGGGGCAGCAAAGCUCCUGGUCCCACCCGUCCCUCAGAGCCCGAGGGGCGGGGAAGCUCCUGCUCCCGCCUCCUCAGGGGCGGUGCGGGCGGGACCGGUACCGGUGCCGUCACUUCCUGGGCCGGAAGGUUCCAGAGGUUCCACGGGGAGCCGCCAUGGCCGUGGCGCGGGAGGAGUUGCAGAAAGAUUUGGAAGAGCUUAAAGAACUGCUUACGAAUGCCACUAGGAAGCGGGUGCGUGAUGUCCUUGUGGCAGAGAAACAAAAGCUGGAGCUGGAAAUCAAGAAUCAGCCUCUGCCGAAGCCAAAAGAUGUGGUGGAGGAAGAAAAAUCAUCGCUGGGAGGGUACACAGUGAAAAUAAACAAUUAUGGUUGGGAUCAGUCAGAAAAGUUUGUUAAGAUUUACAUCUCUUUAAAUGGUGUCCAGAAACUUCCAGCUGAGAAUGUGCAGGUGAAUUUCACAGAGAGGUCAUUUGAUCUUCUGGUGAGGAAUCUGAAUGGGAAGAACUACACCAUGACCUUCAACAACCUCCUGAAGCCCAUCUCUGUGGAAGGCAGCUCUAGAAAGAUAAAGACAGACAUGGUCCUUGUGAUGUGUAAGAAGAAGCGGGAGGAAAAAUGGGAUUGUCUCACUCAAGUGGAAAAAGAAAGCAAAGAGAAAGAGAAGGCUGCCUAUGACACCGCAGAUCCUAGUGAAGGGCUAAUGAACAUUUUAAAAAAGAUGUAUGCGGAAGGGGACGAUGAGAUGAAGCGCACCAUCAAUAAGGCCUGGGUUGAAAGCAGAGAAAAGCAGUACAAAGGGGACAUACCAAUGGAUAUCUGAAAGUACUCUAAGGGCCGCCUUAAAACUGAUCUUCCAUGUGAGACAUGCUGUGCUGCAAAGAUCAUCGUUUACAUAACCUUCUUCCAAGCAAAGACAGUCAUUUUCCAUUUCAGGUUGGAGAAAAUAUUUAAAUAAAAUAGCUUAUAAAGCA